AUGAUUCCUCUUGGCUGGUCGAUCGGUGACCUCCUAAGUGCAAUAGGGGUACUGAAAAGCGUCAUUGAAGCCCUGGAUGAGAGCGCAGGUGCUAAAGCCGACUACCAAGAGCUGAUGAAGGAAAUCUAUGGCCUUGAGAGAGUUCUUAUCACCAUCAAGGAGUUGGGGCUGGAUGAUAGUCCAUUGCACCCCGAACAUGGUGUGCUCAGGCAAGCGAUCGACGAAUGUCAGUCAUGUAUCGAUAAAUUCUUGAAGCCGCUCGAGACAUACCGGUCACUCUCAUCUGGUGGAUCAUCUAGUCUUAAAGACCAAUUUCGAAAAGUGAAAUGGGCGCUGGGCCACGAAAAUGAUGUCCGCAAGUUCAGAGAAGCGUUCGGCAAAAGGAUCGCGUCUCUCAAUUUGCUCAUUGGGACAAUCAAUCUCUCUCAAUUUAUAUCAUCGAACCGCAAGGCCGAGGAAAAGGUUGAACAACAGGCCAUAUUGGCGACGGAUUUACAGAUCCGCAUAGAAUCGAAUCAGUGGACUCUUUCACUAUAUCCAAUCGAGACACGAAAGCACUUCUUAGAGAUGGCUGCAAAUCUGAUUAUUUGUGACUUCGUUGACGAGGGCCUUCUGGAUGCGGAGGUCUUCAAGAGGAUGAAAAACUAUGCUCUGACAAGCAAGUCUCGGAUUCACGCAGAGCGAUGUGUCUUCCUACUAGGCUGCGACCCCAGUCGAGCUGGCUGGGAUGUAUUUACAUUGAUACGCCUUGGAGCCUACCUCACCGAUCAACAGCAAUUCGACAAGGCGCAGUCUCUACUCGAAGCUGGGCGUCGCCGACUAGAUGAGCUACCAUGCUCAGAAACGGAAGUCGAGAUAUUGAAAGCAGUCAAUCUCCGCAUAGUGCUGUCACAGCGCUAUCGUGAUUUUGCCAAUGCGCAUCGUUGCUUGGAGCCUGCGGAGCAGCAGCUCAGGAGUCUCCAGUCUGCUAAAGCCGCUUUGAAAAGUUGUGCUACACCUCGCACCCCCCAAUGGACUUUCUACGACCUAUGUGUCGUAAGUGCAAUUGUUGAAAUCUAUGCGCGUGAGCAGAAAGUCAUUGAAGCUACCGAGUUGCUGGAUCAAGCGGUAGGAGAACAUAGUGCGCCUGGGUUUGGGGCAGCUUCAAUGCUGAACAUAUUGUACUUGAAGUCUCGUUUUCUUUUCCAUACAAGAGAUUAUCGAGGCUCGGUUCAGACCGUUGAAGAGGUCAUCGAGGGGAUCAAUUCAUUGCUUCGCAGUGAAACACUGGUAGAAGAUUCCUUUUUCCAUAACGAGAAAUCACUAAAAAGCCUUCGUGCACAUGCACACUUUCUGGUAGGGGAAGCACACGACGUUGCCGGCAACGAGGAAGAGUCAGACGUGCAUCUGUCACGAGCUCUAGUUGCCUUUGAGAAUUUGGAUUUUCACAGAGAGACUUUGUUGAACUGCGCAGACUCCUUCAACGAAAGUCAGCGAACUAGAUUACCACAUUUGUGGGAUUCUGUCCUGCGAAGUCCACAUGUUCUACGACCGUCUACUCUGCGAGGACUCAACAUUGAUCCCGGAUCUCUCAUCAGAAAUGACGAGAGAGACGAAUGGAGCACUGCGCUCAAUGCGGUUCGCACGGUCGUAAGGUACAGACCUGGAACUUUGCGAUACACUCGUCUUUUGGAAGAAUUGGCAGAAAAGCAAGUCAAGCUUGUCAACGAAAAUCAUUGA